AUGCUGAAAUUUAUCUGCCUCGUUACGUGUGCGGUUGCGGUCGUCUCGGGCUACCGUCUGCACCACCAUCACCAGCCCCAGGAAGAGCAUCACCAACCCCAGCCGGAGAUCCACCACCACAAGGUAGAACAUCAUGAGGAACACGUCUACGAGAUUCCGCAUGAUUACUAUGCCCACGCCAAAUACAAGUUCGACUACGGUGUUCAGGACCCGCACACCGGAGAUCACAAGACACACUGGGAAGAACGCGAUGGAGAUGUGGUGCGGGGUGCUUACACGAUCUUCGAUUCCGACGGUAGCACUCGGAUAGUGGAGUACACCGCUGAUCCAUUGCACGGGUUCAAUGCUGUCGUGAAGAAAGUUCAGCACGAACCUCUGGUGCAGCACGAACCGGAAGUGAAGCACCAGCACCACCAACACCAGCAUCCUGUGUAUGAGCACGGGCACGAACAUUCGCAUCACGAGUAG